AUGAAAGACCACUUCGAAAAAUACGGCGACAUUCUCGAAGCCAUCAUCUCCGACAAGCUCACCGGCCGAUCCAAGGGCUACGGCUUCAUCACUUUCAAGGACGCCGAUGCGGCCAAGAAAGCGUGCGAGGACCCCACUCCGAUCAUCAACGGCCGCCGCGCCAACUGCAACCUCGCCGGCCACGGCGGCUGUCACCACGACCAAGCCCGACCCCAACAAACUCCAAUCCCUUCGCCAGCAACUGCUACCGCCGCACAGACGCCUUGGUUCACUGUUGGUGCUGGAGUAUUCAUGUCGCCUCUGCCCAAACCCGCCGCUGACCACCUUUGUCGACAGCAAGAGUUUCAGCAGCAGCGCUGCUCUCUUCCGCUCAACAACCUCUCCAAAACGAAAUCGCCAACUCUGAAAAUGGUGAGGCGAACACCGUCAUCGGCUCCGGAGUCUCCACGUUAA